CUGCUUUACAAGAGAUCGCUCGCCGUAGUAGCAAGUGUUCCCGCCGUGUAUUCUGAGAGGCAUGGCGCCGUCGUACUCGCCGGAGCCGGAGCCCCCGUUCCGGCCAAGGGAGAAGGUGGCGGAGAAGCAGCGCUACUUCCAGAGCGUCCACCGGCCGACGUACCUCAAGGGGCGCUACGACGCGGUCACCUCGGUCGCCAUCCCUCUCGCCCUGGCCGCCUCCAGCAUGUUCCUCGUUGGGCGAGGGAUCUACAACAUGUCUCAUGGCAUUGGGAGGAAGGAGUGACCAACGACCGUUUCGGCACCGAUCCAAGCCAUCCUUAUGCGUGUUCUUUAGACAUAAGAGAGCCAUAUUGAACAGUUGCCCGUGCUGUGAAGUGAAAGCAAUGUACUGUUAGAUGUGUAUAGCAUAUCCCUAUUGUAUAAGGGUUUUCUUGACUUUUAGCACAUGUAUAUGUACUAGCCUCUGUGAAUGUGAGUUGCUCAUUCCGAACA